AUGCGAGGCUUUCCGUCAGCAGCAAAAGCUGCUGCUGCACCGGGCCCGUCCAUUUCCAGCAGCAGCAGCAGCAGCAGAAAUGCAGCAUGCAAAGCUUUGCUGCAGCAGCAGCAGCUGCCGCAGCAGCAGCAGCAGCAGCAGUGGCAGCAGCGUCGCGAGUUUAGCAGCAGCAUGAAUGCUGCUGCAGCAGCGGAGGAAGAUCUAGAAGACGAAGAAGAAGAAGUAACAGCAGCAGACACAGCAGCAGCAGCAGCAGAAGCAGCAGCAGUAAGAGGUGACCGUACACUGCAGAUGUUUUGUGUCUGUGCUCCUGGACUAGAGGAGCUGCUAGCUAGGGAGCUGCAGCUGCUGCUGCUGUCCCCACAGCCUCAUCUUGCUGCCGCUACUGCUGCUGCAGCAAGAGGGGAUACAGCAGCAGCACAAGCAGCAGCAGCAGCAGCACAAGCAGCAGCAGCAGCAUCUGCUGUUGUCUCUGCGGAUAUACAAGAAGGAGGUGUUGCUGUUAAGGGGCCCCCUGAGCUGCUAUGGAAUAUAGCACUACGCAGCCGUGUUACUGAGGAAGUACGCGUUGUUCUUGGGGAGCCAUUCGUCGCCAGGGGGGAGAAGGAACUCUCGCGUGGUGUAGCAGCGCUUCCAUGGGAGAGGUUUGUGGCAUUCUCUGCCAACUUUACGGAGCCCAAAGUGUCUGUAAGCAGCAACAGCAGCAACAUCUGCAGCAGCAACAACAGCAGCAGCAGCAGCAGCAGCUACAACAGCUGCAGCAACGGCUAG